AUGUUAGCAAUUUUCCAGGGCAUUUCCGAUGAAACAAACGCGCUUUUGGACCAACGAAAUGUGGCAUUUCCCAACCUGCGAUCUCUCAACAUGAUAUCUAUGGAACUACUGAGCCAUCCUCCUCCACGCAGGAAGGUCGGUGUUGCAAGCAUGGACACUCGUAACGUACUCGUCUUGGGUGAGGAAGACUUGGAAGGAGAGGGUAUGCUAGGAUUGCGUGAAACCAGAGAGAGGACCAUCAUUGCCAUCACAUUCGAAUCAACAGCAGCCAGUUUUUGA